AAUACUAGCUAAAAGAAGUUGCAGGAACUGAUUUUUUGUUCAGCUUUGCAGAGCAUGGAAAAUACAUUUCAUAAAUGGUCAUUCCUUUCUUCGAUAAACAUCCUCUACAGUAUUAAUUCAAUUAAAUGGCCAUUAUGAUUACAAUGACGUCAACGCAGUUUAGUACAAUUUUCGUCGUCCACCUGGAUACAUUUUAUUUGCUUCCACCAUUUAUACGCUUUGAAUGAUUACCCCCAUGUUGUUGAUGUAUGAUAACGUUGUAUUCACCAUGAGUUGUAAGCCUAUGCCUUUGAAUCAUUGUCUUCGAUGUAAUUAAUGGUAAUGACAAAAGCGCUAUAAUUUCUUUUCAAGAAUAAUGUUUUAUAAUACUGGCUGGCAGUUGAUAACAUAAGGCUGUGAAAAUGGCAAGGAUAGUUAAAGCACUUACAGCAGUACGGAACAACUGGAAGAAGUCUGUUUUUAUUUGCGCAGCUGCUUCAUACGGCUUACAGUAUGCGGUGGACAAGUAUAAUUCCUUCCAGCUUAUGCGGGGGUACUGUGAAGAAGCUUUGCAGUAUGGAGAAAUACCAGUGUUAAAUGGGAGCAGACCUAGACACAUAACCAUCAUUCUUAAUCCUGUAGCUAACAAGAGAAAAUCAAAAAAGAAUUUUGACAAGUACUGUGCUCCUCUGCUGCAUUUGGCAGGCAUCAGCGUGAAUAUUAUACAGACCGAAUCUGAAGGUCAAGCACGGGGGCUGGUUGAAUCAUUGGAUGAGGUUGUGGAUGCCAUAGUUAUCGCUGGAGGAGACGGGACAGUCUCUGAGGCUGUGACUGGCUUGUUGCGUCGAGCUGAUGGAGAUCUUGCAGUGCAGAGAAAGUUUCCGAUUGGUAUCCUGCCACUCGGACGAACGAACACUGUCGGUACUUCUUUAUUUUUCGACUCGGAUAAGGUAAAAAUGAUGGCUGAAGCUACAAUGGCAGUCGUCAAAGAAAUUACUAAACCCGUCGAUGUAAUCAAAAUUGAAGUUCUUGAGACGGAACAAGAACUUCCUGGCAAGGCCGUGUACUGUUUGGGUGGGAUCCAGUGGGGUGCCUAUCGUGAUGCCCAUGCAAAGAGAGAUAAGUACUGGUACUGGGGAGCGCUGCGCUCAUAUGUAACUUACGUUUUCACGGGGUUGAAGAGCGACGAAUCUGACGUAUCGUGGCAGUGCAAGGGAGUGCUCAGCUAUAUUCUACCGUGCAGCGGUUGCUCCAGGUGCAUUCAACCUGUUGAAACGGACACAUCCACUCGUCGCUGGUGGCACGUGUUUGUUUCAAGACAGAUCGUGGAACCAGUUUCGAAGGAUUAUAGUAAAGUCAUAAAUGAACACUGUGGAACAAAAUUGCAGAAAGAGAUUUCAGCAGUUGAUUUGUCUCUUACAACAGCAAAUGUUAGUCCCAACUGCUUCAGGGAUGGAGACCCACACAUCAAGGUGGAAUUAG